CACGCCCAGCCCCCCCCUCCCACGGUUCCAGUCCCUCUUCUUCCUCACCCUCAGUCCUGGAUCGCAGCUCUCCUCUUCUAAGUUCUCCGAUCUCCAAAUCCUCCCCCACCACCGCCUUAUCCUAACUAUGCUCAUCGCGCGCAUAUACCCUGCAUUUCUGGCCUGCCAUCGAUAAAACUCAAAUUUCAGCUGGACUGUCGACUGUCUCGCCUUAGCACCGCUAAAUUCUUCGGGACCCAAGUCACCCAACAGCAUACUCUCAAUUCAGGAACGGCCUAGCCUCAUGUCAACCAUGUUCUCAAAUCUCGAGUCUCGACUUUCCCACGCGGCAACCCUCCUCCUCGGAGAUCUUUCCCUGGCGAGAGUGAGACAGACAGCUUCUGAUCAGGCAGGGAAGAAGACCUCGUGACUGUUUAGGUACUGGUGUUAUCAAUUCACAACUGCCAGCGCUAUCGGACCGCGAUUGAUGCCUGGUCUGUGCCAUGGUCGGCCGAUGUUGCGCACAUCCCUGUCUUGUUCAAUGCUGAGUAGUGUACUUGGCUCACCCGGCGGCAACGCAACGGCCAUGGCUUCCGUCUCCUGCGUCAGCCACAUGAAUGGCUUGGCAACUCGUCAAUCUUCACCCCCUCGAUUUCACAGGCGUCCGCCGUGGUUUUGUGCCAUACGCUUAUUCCAAGCCGACCAUUUGUCUCCUCGGCAUCGGCUGUUGCUUCCCACCCGCGCCAGCUCAACAGAACAGCUACCCAGGCACACGAGGCCGAGAAUCGUGUACUCCGCGCCACGCCAACGCUAGAGUUUACAUACUCAACUGGGCGGCUGGUUAUUACAUGACCCGUCCCAGAAAACAGUAAUAAAAU